GUUUGGUGCAAGGUUCAUUACCAAUCUAUUAAUCAAUCAUACAGAACACACCUCUUCCUAGUCCUCCCCUACCAUCAACUCCCAAAGCCAGAAGUGCCAUCUUCAUCUUCCAUCAUAUCUUCUUCAUUAUCAUCAUGAAGCAAAAGGUGGUGAUCAGGCUCUCUGUGCACGACGAGAAGUCCCGAUCCAAGGCAAUGAAGACAGCAGUUGGAGUUGAUGGGGUGGAUUCAGCAAGUCUGCCACUGGACAAGGACCAAAUUGAAGUAACAGGAAAUGAUGUUGAUGUGGUUUUGCUUACAAGACUUCUCAGAAAAAGCGUCAAGCGUGCUGACGUCGUCAGUGUGAGCCCUGUCAAAGAGGAGGAGAAGAAGAAGGAGGAGAAGAAGGAGGAGCCUAAAUUUGAGCAAAUCAUCGUCGGAUGGCCUCAGACUUACCCAGUUGAUCCAUACCAGUGGUAUGAUCAGCCAAGCCCCGGUUGCUCCAUUAUGUAAUAAUAGAUGAAUGUUUGACGGUUUGACCCAAGAGAUCAUUCCCUUCAUUCCAAAAGUGAUUUAGAUUAGUAUUAUACUACUAGUCUACUAUGGUAAUACAUAUAUGGUUCCCGUCAAUGAAAUAUCGAUCAUGGCUUCAUACCAGUUGGCUUCAUAUCGAUCAUGACUUACCCAGUUGCUUCAUAUCAGUGUCCAUAUUCGUACCAGUGCUAUGAGCCAAGCCCAGUUGCUCCAUUUAUGCAAUAAUAGAUGAAUGUUAGACCUCAUACCCUUUACUCCAACAGUGAUUUAGAUUAAUAUUAUGGUACUACAUAUAUGGUUCCCUUCAAUGAAAUAUAGAUCAUGGCUUUGUUUU